CCUCAGUCUUCUGUGCGAUUUCGAUCUGUGCGGGCGUGCAGACGCGCUUUCAAUUAAAAGUUCUCUUGUUCCGCCAUAAUCCAAUCAACUCCCCUCCGGUAUCCCGUGUUUACUACACAAAAGAUAAGCUACAAGCUCAACUAAUUGGCAGGAGGAGCUAUAGCUAGAGGAGCCACCGCGAUCAACAAUUGGACCUUCUUGAAGGAUUCUCACAUUCAUAAAUUGUCUUGUAUCUCUUCUACAAAAACAACCGGUCAAAUUGUUGAAUCACAAAUCUUCUCAUCAUCUCCACUGUCUCUUACGGUUAGAUACCACCAAUUUACUCUAUUAGCCAAAAUAUUUGCCUCAUAUUGAGAAUAAUAUCAGAGAGUGAGAGAGAGAAAGAUAUUGAGUGCACGUGAAGCUUUAAAGUAUCAGCUGAAAAAAAAAUUAAACCACGCGUCAAUAACAGGAAAAUCAUCAACUGAAAGCUCUGGUACCGGAAGAUUGUCUUCGGCGACAAACGGCUGGGAUAUUUCCAUUAAAGGAAAAAACAGGAGAAUUGUGGUGAAAUCGGAAAUCCUCUUCAAUUUCCAGUAGAUUUCCCUGAUAUCGCGAUACUCUUUGCCUGUCUUUCGCUUUCGCUUUAGUGUGUUGUGCAAGAACCAACCACAAUAUCCCAUCUAAAGCUAUAACCCCAGCUAAAAGAGAAAGUUUCGUAUACUCAAAUAACGGUGAAAAAGCUCCAGCAAAAGUGACUAAUUGAAUAGAAAAGUUGAGAGUAAAAAAAAACCGCGACAAUUGAAUAUAGUGAACUAGAGAGUUAAUUUUUGUGCUUCUGUGGACAUUUCUCGGCAAAAAGAACAUCCCUUCGGAGUUGCUCCCAGACACUAUAUUUUGCAUGAUAUUUUGAGAUCUUCGUCUGCCUGUAAAUCUCCGAGUAGACUUAUUCGAAUAAGAUUACGGACAUUGAAUCAACUUGGUGAACCACCCUUGUGUGUACUUUCGAGACCACUGUUUCCACUUUAUCACUUGCUGCAAGUUCACACAAACAGCUGUGUUGAGUCGUCAAAAAAAAAGAAAAGAAAAGAAGAAAAACGAAGAAAGGGAGGUAGAAGACGGCUUAAAGAGAAAAAAGAGUUCAAACUGCAACAGUUUCAAAGUCUGGACAAAAAUUUCACACACAUUUUCACAGCUUUCAAUUAUCUCUCUUGAAUUCAGUGCAACAUUGCCAUCCAGCAAGUUUGAAUAUUCGCAAAAAAGAAAACAAGAAGAAGAAGAAGAAGCAAAGCGACAGAAUAUAAAGGAAAAGCAAUAUUACGCAUUAUUGCACAGUGUGGAUAUAAAACAGUUUGUUUCUCAUUGCAAAUAAUAUUAUACACACUUGUGUUGGGCUUUGAAGAAGGUAGAAAGGUGAAAUAUUCUACAUAGAACCCGUUAAGAUUUGAGUGAAAAAAAAAGAAAGAAAGAGAGAGAAAGAGAAGUGAAAUUGUUGGAUUACAAAAAAAAAUAAAGAAGAAUUGAAGGCAAAAUGGAUGAAACUAAUAAGAAAAUGGAGUCUGCAGAUCCAUCAGUAACGCUGACAAUUCGUCUCAUAAUGCAGGGAAAGGAAGUGGGAAGUAUCAUUGGCAAAAAAGGUGAAAUUGUCAAGAGAUUUCGCGAAGAGUCGGGUGCCAAAAUAAAUAUCUCCGAUGGAUCAUGUCCAGAGCGAAUUGUGACGGUAUCUGGAUCAACAAAUGCUAUCUUCAAGGCAUUUGCGCUCAUUACAAAGAAAUUUGAAGAGUGGUGUUCACAAUUCAAUGAUGUCAAUACUCCAGGUGGAAAGACACAAAUUCCGAUUCGUUUGAUUGUACCAGCAAGUCAGUGUGGAUCAUUGAUUGGUAAGGGUGGAUCUAAAAUCAAGGAAAUUCGCGAAGGAACUGGUUGCUCCAUUCAAGUGGCUAGUGAAAUGUUGCCAAAUUCAACAGAACGUGCUGUAACUCUGAGUGGUACUGCUGAUCAAAUUACUCAGUGUAUUUAUCAUAUUUGCUAUGUGAUGCUGGAGUCCCCACCAAAGGGUGCAACAAUUCCGUACAGACCAAAACCACAAGUGAAUGGUCCUGUAAUUUUGGCCAAUGGACAAGCGUACACAAUUCAAGGAAAUUAUGCGGUGCCAGCUCAAGAGACCUGCACAGUAUUUCCACUAGCGUUGGCCGGUGGCCUUCAUGCUGGCAUCUCGGGUCUAGCUGAUCCACUCCUGAAAGGGGCACAUCUGCCAGCCGCAGUGCCUCCACAUCAUCUACAGCAAAUACCUGAUCAGAUGGGCGGACUCACCAAGAACCCAUUGGCCGGUUUGGCAGCUCUUGGAGCUCUUGGAAUGGCUCCAGCAAACACAGGAGGAUUGAAUCCCACAGCAUUAGCCGCUCUGGCUGGAUCUCAGCUUCGUUCGAACAAUACAAACCGCAAUCAGCAGACAAAUCAGCAGCAGCAUGAAAUGACGGUGCCAAAUGACUUGAUUGGAUGCAUUAUUGGUAAAGGAGGUACCAAAAUUGCAGAGAUUCGACAAAUUUCUGGUGCCAUGAUUCGUAUCUCAAAUUGUGAGGAACGCGAAGGUGGCAACACCGAUCGAACAAUCACAAUUAGUGGUAAUCCUGACUCUGUGGCACUUGCACAGUAUCUCAUCAACAUGAGCGUCGAACUCCAGAAGGCGAAUCUAGCCGAUGCAAACAAUCAAACAGCAAGUAACGGCAAUAGUGCGAGUAAUGGUGGUGGUGGUGGUAGUAAUAGUGGUGGUGCCGGAAGUGGCAGUGGCAACUCAUCGUCCGGACAGACGGCACAGACGGCGCUUUCAACCACCACAAGUCCGACUGGUGCUGCGACAAAUUCACUGGCCAGUGCAAUACCACUGGCUCAGUUGCUGUCAAAGCCGGGUGCACUCAAUGCAUUGACAAGUUUGAGUGCUUUGGGUGGUCUGUCGGAUUUACUUGGGGGUCUGGCCAAUUUGGGGCCACCGGUACAGACUACGGGGGUGCAUAGGCCAAAGACCUUUGCACCACGUCUCCGGUCACCCAAUUCGAGUGGGACCGGUGGAUCAGAGAAGAAGAGUGACAGGAACAAAUUUAAUCCCUACUAGGGAAUGGACUAUACGAAUUCUUAAUUUUAUUUCUAAAAUACUAUUUUUAAUUUUUUUUUCUUUUGCGGUAUAAGUAGUAUUCCUUCGGUGCGAAGGAAAACAAAUUCUCACUAGUUGUGUGGUGUGUUUAUUUUUUUUCUUAUUUUAUAUUUCCUGUAUCACUCUGUCUCUCUUUUCCUACUUUCUCAUGCGGGCGUUUCAAGCUUUUUACUCUGAACAUCAACAUUUUUCUUUUCUUUUCUUUUCGCGUUUUAUUGUGAACAAAAUAGCAUUGAACAGACUGGGCCAUUGCUCUUUUAAUCGAUUUUCAAAAAAGCAACGGAGAAGUGAUAUGACACCUUCAUUUUUUUCGAUUAGAUAACUCACUGAGAACAGCGCCAUCUAGUGUAAGUAAAAUGUCCAAGGCGGGAAAUAUUUUCAGUUGUUCAAAACAAUGUAAUUCACAUUAUUCACAUGUAUUUUAUACUAAACUUUAAUUUCACUAAGCCUAGACUCAUUUUAAAUGUAUUUCAAAAGUUUUCACAAGAGUUUCAUGAGUAAAAUUUCCUUUGUUGUGAUUUUUCCUGGCAUCAGCUGAUUUCGAUGGUGGUCGAUGAAAUUUCGAACAGUGAAUUCAAAUAGAGAAUGUUAACGGACUAUGUAAUAUGAAAGUGUCAAGAAAAAGCAAUUGACCGGGCAAUUGCUUUUUGCUUUUUGUUCAAGGUAUUUAAAUUUGGCUAAUUUUACUAAAAUAUCACUUUCUUUUUACAGAAUAUUGUCUCAGAGAACGGAAAAAGAUCAAAUUGAUGCAAAAAUUGGUUUGAUGCCUCAAUUUUUUGAAUAUUUUUUCCACGUGUAAAAAAGCAAUGAAGGAGUAAAAAAGCAAUGACCAUGUAAAAAAGCCCAGUCUGUUCGAUGUGAAUAUCUACAGUCCGACUUUAUUUAAAGAAAAAAAUAUUAAUGAUUUUUUUAACGUAUAUUCACGCUGAAGUAUAAGUAGUAUCCCUUAGAUUAAAAAAAAAAAACAAAAACUCUACACAAAAUAUAAUACAGUAGUUGAUAAAUUUAUUCAUUCUAAUAUCUUAUCUGUAAUUGUCAUAAUCACAUAAAUAUUGACUGUCACCGGAAGCGUUGGGAGAACUUUUGGGGAUGUGAAGAUAUCCACAUGAUUUCUAACAGUAUAUUCUCAGUUCUCCAAAUCAAAUGGUGUUUUCACACUUUAUUUAUUAUUCAACAUGAAUUAUUUUUUGGAGUGUUUAAUUCUCAAAUUUAGGUUCGUAAAAAUUUCUUUUUUUUUCUCUCUCUAAAAAAAAAAGAAAAUAAGAACUUCCCUUAGAUUGUAAGCAAAGAUGAAAAAGAGAAGGAAAAAACAAGGUUUCAUUUUCAUCGUGUGAAACAGAAAUUUUCGACAAAGAACAAGUUUAUUUUUUAAUUUUUUUUUAUUUUCCUCAAUUCCAAUUGUGAAAUAACAAAUUUUUUUGAAAUUAUUCCUUUUUUUUUAAUUUUUGAAGAUCAAAAAAAAAUCAUGGAUCACUUAUGAAAUAUUCAAGACAAUAUUUUAUCGAUGAUGAUGAAACAUGAAUUUACAAUUUUAAUAUGAAAAUGAAAAGCGAUUAAAAUAUGAAGUGUAUUUAUUCAUAGAUACUUUUAGAUGAUAGUUAAAUGAUGAGAAAAAAAAACAAGAUUACAAGGAACAAUUUUAGGUGUUUUUUUCCUUUUGAUUUAUAGCGUAGUAAUGGGAAUUAUCUUGCUAAUAAUUAAAAAGAAGAAGAAAAAAAUCAUAGACUUAUGAAGGUGAAAUAUUUAGCGAUGAACACAUUUUAAUUGAUAUAUAAAAUAUUGAGUAAAAAAAAAACAAGAAAAAAACAAUUUUUGAAAUAAUAAAUCACAGAAAACAAUUUGACAAAAAUAAUAGUUGUAAUUUUUAUCGUAACAGCAAAAUAUAAAUGGAUAAAAAAGUGAAUUAUAAUUGAAAUUGAUAACAAAACAAUAUUGUUCACCACCAAAGUAAUUGAUUAUUAAUAAAUUGCAUAAUGCAAAAUGUC